AUGUCUGUCCAGCCGUCCCUAACUGCCGCGCGGGACAAGUCCGGCAAGACAGCGUUGCACUACUGCGCCGAGAACCUGACGGUGGGCUGCGCCGAGCUGCUGCUCAUGGUCGAGCCCGGCCUGGCGUCCGUCCAGGACGAAGAGGGCUACACGACGCUCCACUUCGCGGUCAUCUCGGGCAACCGCACGAUGGUGCGCUUCCUGGUCGACCGGGGAGCAGACGUGUCUGUCCUGGACAACGAGAAGCACUCCUGCGUCCACUGGGCCACCGUGUGCGGUGAGCUGGAGUGCAUGGACAUCCUGGUGGCUGCCGGGGCGGACCCGUCGACCCCGGACAUCCACGGCGCGUACCCGAUCCACUACGCGGCCCAGAUGUGCGGCCCCAACAGCGAGAUGGGCAACGACGUCCGGGUCGGGCUGGCCGCACUGCGCAGGCUCAUCCAGCUGGGCGUCGAUGUGAGCGUCCGGGACCAGGACGGCAGGCCUCCCUUACUCUGGGCGGCCAGCACGUACUGCUCUUCGGGUAGUAGCGACGCCAUCUUAGCACUCGUCAACGCCGGAGCGGAUGUUUCGGCCACGGACAAGGACGGCCUCACCGCACUGCACUGCGCCGCCAGUCGGGGUCACGUGGACUGCCUGGAGACGCUGAUCUCGCUGUGCGGUGCCGAGGUGGACGCCGUCGACAGCAACGGCUGCUCGGCGCUCUUCUACGCCGUCACUCUGGGCCACGCCGACUGCACUCAGCUCCUGCUCAAGUACGGCGCCAUGGCGAACAGACAAGACCACAAGGGCAGGACGCCUGCCCAUUGUGGAGCAGCGAAGGGCCAGUCCGAGACGUUGAAGAUCCUGGCACAGCACGGAGCAAACCUGUACAUGAGGAACCUGCGGGGCGACCUUCCGCUCCACGAGGCCGUUCAGUCUGGACGAAAAGACUUGGUGCAGUGGCUGCUGGAGCUGCAGCCAUCGGCCGUCAACUCGCCGAACAACAAUGGCCGCUCGGCCCUGCACGUUGCCGCCAUCGCCAACAGCGUGGAGAUGUGCAAGGUGCUCAUGGACAAAGGGGCCGAGGUCAACCCCGUCAUGCGCAACAACAAGGGUCAACUGAUGACUCCCUUAGACGCUUCCCUUCAGCGUGGCAACCGGGGCUGCGCGAAGUACCUCAGACUUCACGGCGCGCUUCCCUUCUGUAAAAUGACGGACAGGCAUGACAUCGACAGAUGGCUUGAGCACAGUUUCAAUAUCAACAAGCUGCACCAGACGGAACAACUCUGCGACGGUGAAGCGCCACCUCCACAUCAUGUUCUGCAACUAGAGGAGCACAUGGUCGAGACUAGUCGCCACGUGAAGACACUCGAGACGUCCGUGCAAACAGACUCGGGCUACUUCGAGUCCAGGGACUUUCUAACCGGCAACGCGGGCCUCCUCACCGAAGCCAACGUUGCAGCCAUCACGAAGCAGGGGACGAUAGUCGAAGGAGGUCGCACCCUGAAACAGGCCAUCAUCACCAAUGUCUACGUGCGAACAUCAGGAGCAACGAGAACUCAUCAGUCCAAACGGAGGGGGAAGCAGGCUGAUGAAAAAGGACCACGCCAUGACAACGAAGACAGCGGCUCCUGCAACAGUUCUUCGGCAGAUGAACAGAAGGACCAUAAGAAGAUCACAAGGAGGCAUAAGGGCAGAGAAGUUGAAGCUGAAGAUGGAUUGAUUACGAAAACUUCAAGAAAGCAAGUUCUCUCAGACGCUAAGGGGCAUAAUAUUUCUGAGGAAGUGAUAAUAAAGAGGAAAGAAGGAAAAGAGGGUCAAGUUGUCAAGAGGAUUAUUCGGAAGCCGUCUGGAAGCGACGAAGAGGUUUGGGUCAGCGGAGAGCUCGAGGACAACAUGGAAACAACUCCAGAAGGGUUUACUUCAGUCAGCUUCAGUGAGCGGAAGAGCAACGAAGCCCUGCACGCGUCUUCCGGGGAAGAGCUAAAAAAAACUACUUCAAGAUCAACGGAACGUUUGCGUGCAGAAAAGCAAGAUUCAGGAAGGCAACCUGCAGUGUCACCAGUGGUGGCGAGGGCUGCUGAACUGUUUAUGCGACCUAUUUCCGAGAAACGGAGAGGCGGUGGCAAUCAUGCAAAACCUCUAAAAGAAGAAUUGAAGGAACGCGAGGAGCUAAUGAAAGUCAAGCGAGAUAUAAAUCAAAUUGAAGCGCGCAGGACGUCAAAAUCAGACAAGCGAUAUAAAACCGAGCUAGAAACAACAGAUAAAAACUCAGUCACAUCGGACGAAAAGACAAAGCGAUCAUUAACGAAUAGGCGAGUUUCCGUGGGAGUCACUUCUUCUGGAGAAAGCAGCACUGAGAGCGAUGUUCAGGGUUCAAGAAACUUGACAAAAGGGGGCAAAACUAAGAAGCUGGCGAAGGGCCCUUCUAGGGAAGUUUUAGAUGGCUCGGCAGAUAAGGUUACAGGCAUUACUAAUGUCAAGAAAGAAUCGAAGCUGAAAAGCAAGACGCCUAAUGCUACUACAGAUGUAGCUAGUAAGACUAAAUUUGCCAAACUAGCUAGUAACAAAUCCCACGACUCAUCUAGUGAAAGUUUGGAUGGAAGAGAUCAGAAAAUCACCGACCUUAGAAAGUCAAAAAGGGGCAAAAGUUCAGAUGACAAAGUUACGGAAUCAUCUAGCGAAAGAACUUCAGAGGCUCGUGAUAUAAAAAGAAUUGCAAAAGAAUCACUGGGAUCACCUACAGGGGAAACCGAAACAGCCAAAAAGAAGGUUGAAGGAAGAAGUAAAAUUUCAAAACCAAGACAAGUCACACCGACAAAGAAAAAACUCGAUGAAGUCUUAAAAGAGAAAUGUCUCGAAGUUGAGGAAACCCUAUCAAAAUCUGGCAGGUCGAAGGUGCACAGAGAGUACGAAGAAAUUGAAGAACAAACUUCAACUAACUUUGCCGAGUUUGUCAGCGAGACCAGUAUGUCAGACGGUGUGCUCGAGCAGAAAAGUGACCAACUCUUCAAAGGUGAAGAACACACUACUGAAAAACACAGGUUGAAAAAUCAAGAAGGUUCGAGAAGCAAGAAAAUACAGCGGGGAAAGCAGGAAGUGGCAGAAGAUGAUACCACUACUGUGCAAUCGAACAGUUCAUCUCCCAAGAAAUUAAUCAGCUCGGAGCAAUACGAGGAACAAGAAGUCAUAAAGGAGCACGCUACAGAAUCCAAGAUAGUUGAAGUAUUUGAAACAGAAGUUCAGGAACAUCUCACUCAUCCUCAGAAAAGACGUGGUUCAACUAUCAAAGGGGGUCCUGUAAAAGAAAAAACUAAACCUUCAACAAGUCGGAGUCAUUCAAAGAUGGGGGAGUCAGCUACCCAGGACGAGUUCAAUCUUACUCUCGAGCAGAAUUCAAUGAGCCGCACUAGCCGUGAGGAGCGUGGAAGCACCGAAUCGCUCCAAAGUGUGCAUGCCUCCGAAGUGAUAGAGAAGAGCAGCAGCGAGUCGAGGAAAGUAGUAAGCACGAAGCAUGGUGAGUCAAGUAUCAGUCUAGUGGAAGACCACUGCACGCGUCAUUCCACCAGAACAGAAUCGUCUAAUGGCAAGGAAGUUUUUCAUCGGGAAGAAACCAAGCAGAGUACAUCAGAAAAACGGGUGUUGCAAAAACCCCGAGGUAAUGAAAUGGAAACUGACGUCGCUGGCAAAGAUGAUACGUUUGAGGAAACGAAACUUAAGGCAAGUCACGCUCAAGAUGAGCUCUCGAGGCACUCUAAAGAUGAACGUUCACUACGAUAUGCAAAAUCCCGGAGUGAGGCUUCUGAGCGCCAUAGCACUCCUCAUCCAGUAACUGAUGGUGAAGAGAGCACUGAGCAGGAAGGAGAUAUCACUGCCCAGCCAACCAGCAGGAUCGAGGAUAACGAAAUACUUGCAAGACAAAUUCCAGCUAACGUAGUAGAAGCAGUCUCUGAUCUCUUCAACCGAGUACAGCAGUCCUCAACUCAACAACAAUUGGAUCACGAUGAAGCUCAGCAAGAUAUUGACAGAAGUUCCGACGCGGCCAGCGACUUCCCUGGUCACAAGGAAAAGUUAGAUGAUAAAUUUGAAACUUUUGACUCGACUGAAACUGCUCCUACUGGCGCAGGUCUUGCUGAGGUUGCUAUUCCGGCCACUGUUGCUGAAGCUGUCACCGACCUUUUUAAUCGCGUGCACCAGUCUUCUAGUAAAGCAGGCUUUAAUGAAAAGGACGAACAAACCGAGAGCGGCUUGGUGCAAGAAAAACCAAUUGAAAGCUCACAAGAGUAUGACGGUUCUUUGGCGCACGACAUUCCAGCAACCGUUGCUGAAGCGGUAACUGAUCUCCUCAGUCAUAUUCAGCAAUCAUCUCGAAAAAGCGAGUCUAUUGACCUCAAAGAAACGAGUGAAAACACUCUGUUACAAACGAAAGCAACGGAAGAGCAAGCUGAGAAAAACGUUCUGCCGACAAAGAAGCAGGUUUCCGGUGACAGUACGACUAACAACAAAAUCGGGGAUAUUCCUACUGGGGAAGCCCAGCUAGUCACAACUGAAAACCUCAAAAACGUCGUGGAACCUAAACCUUCACAAUCGCGAGAUAUGGCAAACAGUCCUGUUUUGAUAUCAAAAACACUCGUUGACAAGGCCUGCGGACCCAGCGGAUCGUUUCUUGUGGACGCUGGUUGCAACCCUAGACAAGUUUCAAUCGAUAAGACCGAAAGAAGCACAAGCCCGAAUGAAAACGACUAUACUGUCGAAGUAUCUUGCGAAACAGUAAAAGAAGCAACCGAAAGCAUUGCCUGCAGUCCUGCGCUUCAAACGACAGACGCUUCAUGCAGUCCAGAAAACGCUACGCUGAAACAUUUUGAUGACGCAACUUGCAGCCCCGACCAGGCAGCACAGACGGCAGAUGCUUCCUGUAGUCCGGGUACACCUGUGCUAAAAGAAGUUGAAACAAAAGAUGCGGGCUGUAGUCCCCCAGCUGAGGUGGCGUCUCCAGAGCGAGCAGAUGUAGCCUCGAGCCCAAUCGGAGCGACAGAUAAAGUAGAUGAUGGUUGUAGCCCGAUAAAAACCGCAGUCGACCAAACUGAUCAAGCAUCGAGUCCACCUGCCGAUUUCUACAAACGAGAUGCUGGAAAUAGUCCUCAUCAUGUCGAAGUGGGAGAUAAGGAUGCGGCUACGAGCCCACCCACUGACUUGACCUGCGAUGCAUCUAGCACUCCUCUGUCACCGCACUGGCAAAAAGUUCGAGACUCCAUUGGUGUCUUGGACGUCGCCUCAAGUCCCAUAAAACAAACUGAGAUGCAAGACACAGCUUCUUCUCCAACUUCCAAGCAAUGGACGCAAGAUUCUAAAUGCAGCCCAAUACCCUUGGACUUCGCCAAAGAGACUAGGAGCGUUGCCUGUAGUCCGCCUGAUUUAAAUUUUCGUGUUCAACCUUCUGACGGCGAAUAUUCAAGUGUAGCAGUCAGUCCAAUUAAGCCUUCUGUAUUUGACAAAGCAUCGAGUCCUCCGGAAACGGUCACAACAAACGAUGCCCUUAGCAGUCCUGUUCUCUGGUCCCCCAAGGUAGAGAAAGGAAGCAGCCCCCACAAAGCGUACAUGAAGGACAGUUCCUGUAGUCCUAUACCCGAAGCGAACGAAGGAUUAUCUCAAGGCGAUGGAAUCACUGCCGAUGUGCGUUCACCCCCCCUCGACACGGCGACAGCCGAGGCAGUUAAUGUUGCACGGAUGAGAUUCAAAGCACUCGUCAAGGACGCCAGCUCAGGGACUACACCAGUAAAAGAAGUUCUGCGGGCGAAGGUAGUGGAGGCAUCUUGUAGUCCUAUCGGAUUUGAAUAUCAACAACUCUCAAGAAGCAGCACCGAUUCCAUAGACGUAGAAAUUCCUGCGAGGUCGUCCUCCAUUGAAGAAGCAGAAAAAUCGCCCCAAACGGACAUCGGCGCCAUUCCGGCCUUUGCAGAAGUAGCCACGAGCCCCAUCGAAAACGGCACAUAUCCUACUGCCGACUCAGUGGGAGUUCUGGCGAAGCCUCUCAUCACGGACAUUGGAACGAGUCCCCUCGGUCCAGCGUCUAAGACAGUAGGUACCUCCACGGAAAGUAAACCUGAGCCUGCUCUUAGUGACAUCAGCACCAGUCCCGUCGAAUACACGAGAGAUUCUACCGAAAAACCAGUGACAAAGGAUGCAUCCAACAGUCCAAUCAGCGUUCCCGCGUCCUCACCUCUUGCUCUUGACGGAAGGAAGAUGAAGCAUGUACAACCCAAUAAAAAACAUUUGCGGAAGUCCCGAUCUUGGGACGUUAUAGGUUUUGGUGGCCCUAUCGAAAGCUUGGCCAGGGAAAUUCAACUUCCAGAGAUUAAUGGUGUGGCAAGGGGUGUCCCGAAGAAAAGCUCGGCCACCACAAACGUUUCACCCGUUCAGAAUGGCAGCAGAGACAGCUUAGAAAAGACAACGCUGGAGGAAACGUCACAUCUACAGAAGCUUCCAGCCAUUGUUAAAACGGCGAGUACACCUCCUGACACCACAGCCACAUCAGAUGCCCGGAGUAACGUUGAUAGUCCUGGUGCCCUGGCAGCAAGGAAGAAAGCGUCUUUGCAUCCAAUAGGUUCAAAACGUCACAGCUUGUCCCAGUCCGACCUUGACCGUUCUCCAGAAUCGAGCAUCCGGAGUUCGGACCAUACUGUCACACUGAAGGAUUCGGGUUUUAGCGACGUUGAGAGACCGCACUCUGGGUCGUCAGGUGAAGAGGACAGAACUGACCAUGCUGUGUCUGACUCUGCAGCUCAGCAGCUGGAGUUGCAAAGACGGAAACUCUUGCUGAGGAGGAAAAACAGCAAAGUCGAUGCCAGUGACGACACGGACGGCAGUGGUGCCGAAGACGCUACUCGCUUGGAUCUUUCUGGAAUUAGGCAUAAAGGGGAUACUGGCAGAAGCGAAGCUACAGGGGUCAAAAGAGAACGGAACGGGAGAGCCGAAAGCGUUCGUGAACAAAGGAAACGACGCGUCCCUAAUCUUCGGCCGGUCUCCGAAAACUACAAGAGUCCCGAAGACAUGACUCUGGCCGUCCAAGAAAGCAUUCGGAAGUACCGGCUGGAACGACAGCUCUUCAACGAGCUGCAGGAGCUCAAGCGUCACCAGAUCCGGAGCGGGCGGACGCACGAGAACGUGCUCGUCAAGAGGCUCGUCGACCGCUACCGGGAGCUCGUCCUCGGGCCGGGCAUGAGGGACUUCGGGGGACCGUACACCUUUCGCAACUACGAGAUGUACUUAUACGGUCAACUCAGAGACCUGUCCAAUUCAAACGACGGAAAGGUACCGGCCAAGUACAAAAAGAAAGAAGGAGACAGAGAGGAACGAAGAGGCUCUGACAAUGCCCUGGAGUGCGCAAGCGAGAGCUACAAGCGCCGUCAUGCUGUGGAAGCGCGCGCCUUGGCACCAGGAUCAGAACAGGACCCUGAUAGUCAUAGGCACAGGCAGCAAGCAGAGAUGGGAGCAUCAGCGCCACAAAGCUCAGAGACACAGAUGCGCCCUGUCUACCAACAUCCUGCUUCGAAAAAAAACCUGUUACCAGCCAUCUUGCCCAGCCCACUGACUAGUGUAUUCACGGUGGUAAGAGGUGCCCCAAACAUUCCCACGACACGAUCAACAAACUACAGUCACAUCAAGUCACGGGUCUUUCCACAACGGCCGGCAGAAAGAGUCAAGCUUACCGAAGCUGAGGAAGAAUCUUCAAGCAAGCCUUUAAAACAAAGAUUUCGCAGUAAAGAUGCUUCAACAAGCACUGCUGGGGUCUCCAGCAACCAGGCUUCGCGGCUGAGAGUAGAGCGGAUUAAGAAACAGCUCGAGGAAGAGACACAACGGAAAAAGGUAGAGAAGUCCAUGAAGACGGUCUCUGUGUCUGAACAGAGACAAGUGAAACACAGUUCAGUGAUUGACCUUAAGAAAAUUUCAGAAGAAGAUUUCGAGUAUAAAGUUUCCUUUGAACUUGGUGGUUCGGAAGAGCUCGAGAGCAUGGAGAAAAAGGAACGCUCUAGAUCAACGACGCGAGAAGAGACGAAGCAAAGCUACCAGGAAACUCCAACGAGGCGUUCCAAAGCCACACCAAAACGAGAAGCCAGAAAGGGUGCAACACCAUCGAAGUCAACAGCGUCCAACCAGAAGCCGGAGCAGACCUCAUACAGGAGCCCUGAAGCGUCAUCUCAAACUGCGGAGGCCAAAUCUACGUUUCCGUUCCUCAAGAAACACGAGGGACGGCUAAGCGUACCAAAGCCCCACGACGAUAGUAAACCGAAGCUCUCAACGGCCACGAAGUCGCAUAAGACUACCACCUCGGAAUCUACAGGCGCCAAAUCUCAAAGCGUUUUCACUCAAAGUGUUCAGAUUUCUUCGACGGAGCCGAAGAUUGAAGACGCGAAGGAAACGCCAAGACGUCGCUUCUCGAAAGCUAGAAAUGCAGCUCCAAAAAAAAGUUCGGCGUUGCUGCCUUUCUGGGUUCCUCACGAUCCCAGCCGGGUGGACACCUCCAAGGAAGACUCCUCAUCCGCCCGGCAGAAGUCCAGCGUCCGGGAGUCGCUUGGAGAGCAGGCUGUACGUUUCAAAGACUGGAUAAAAUCCCGGAAAAGCAGCAAGACCGGACGCAGGUCAGCGGCGACCAGAACUGCCAGCAGGAUAUCCGCAGACGCCACGGAAGAACUCGCGCGAGAAGUUCAACUGAGAGAUGGGGAUUCCAGUGAAACUGACUCGGGUCACGAAGGUGAUGGCAUUCUUCCCGACGAGCGCGUGAAGGAUGCCCUCCUCGAGAAGGUAAGCAGGAGUCUGAGAAAGAGCGUGCUUCCUCAUGACGUUGUCACGAUGCAACUGAAGCCGUCACCAGUGGUCACAACUGACGACGACGUCGAAGCAAUCACUCGCACAGUGCGGAUGAGCGAGUUCCUGGAGGCGGCGCAAAGGGACAUUGUUGUCAACUGCGUCCAACUGAAACCAGACAAUGUUUCGGAAACGGGCAGUUCUCCGGACGUCGUAAGCAACGCCAGCGACAGCCCCAGUAGCAGCGGGGACAGCAGCGACGACGGCAUUAUAGAAUUCGAGAUCCGACACGGGCGCGAAAAGAACGUCUUUUGGUUACCCACGAGCAAAAUGCGGGACAACAAGAAAUGGCAGGUGACAUUCAUAGUCGCAAAGGCUGGCAGUAGCAAGGAAUGAAAGGAUAAUAGUAAACUGAUGGAACGGAGUUUAAGGUUAGACUAGAUUUUUAACAGAUGCGAUUUUAAAAUUCUGCAAUAGAUCCCCCAGAAUUACCGUAUACUUUAUCAGACCACGGUUUACUGACUGUCCUCUUUACUAGAUAUUGCUUUCUGUUCAAUACCGGCGGAACACGUGCCGUAGAUUAUAAGCCAUACGUGUCCGCUCUACAGUCUGUUCGAUGGAAUACUGCCAUUAGUCCACAAUGAGUUUACCUAGGUAUGAGACGUGCACUUAUAUAAUAAAACAACUCAAUGUUUAUUGUUACUGACAUAUACUCCCGGGAUAUAUGACAUUGAUUGGUAUGUAUACCAUGCUUUCAGGAAAUACAGCCUUUUGCUGACCUUGUG